GCGUCCAGCUGGAGUCCAUGGGAACGAUAUUACGGCAAAAAUUGGCGUGAUUACUCCGCGAGGAAUGUAUAAUUUGCGUUUUAUCCGACGAGGAAGGAACCUCCACAGCUGGCGCGGAGGUUAUUGAGACUUCCUGGACAACUCGGGCUCGCGCAUGCCCGCGCGUGCUACCCCGGGACGACCGCCAAUCGUCAAACGGUACGAUAAUCUACAACAAUCUGUCAGUCAUCGUCGGUACAGCCAGUCAUCGUCGUCGCGGCCAUCGCGCGUGAUCCGCCUGGACGAUCAGCGUCUCGACGGACGUCAACAAACGCGCCAGUCGGCUCCGCCAGUCCCACGUAGGUGCUCGCAGCGGGCCAGUCCGGUUCUCGGCGGUGGACAAGUCGCCGUGAAUAGAGCUAGUUAGUAGCCGCCAGUCGUCGGCCAGAGGGUAAAUAUCACGCGGCCGAGGAGCGUCCACGUCGCGUCCCCGCAAGGGACAGGCUGCCAGGGAAAGGAAAAAGAGAAAGAGAGAGAGAGAGAGAGACACACGUAAAGAGGAUAGCCGCAGUCGUUGCUCGUCCGCCCGGGCAACAUGACGACGGAGGAAAAGUUCAACGCCGCCGUGAACGUCAUCAGGAGUCUGCCGAAAAACGGAGCGUACCAGCCUAGCCAUGAAACUAUGCUACGCUUCUAUUCGUACUACAAACAAGCGACCGAGGGGCCCUGCCAACAAUCUAAACCCGCGUUCUGGGAAGUGGUCAGGAAAGCGAAGUGGGACGCGUGGACGCGUCUCGGCAAUAUGGGUCGGGCGGAAGCCAUGAAUAAUUAUGUGGAGGAGCUGAAGAAAAUCGUCGAAACUAUGUCCUACACGGAUAAUGUGGCAACGUUUCUCGGCAGUUUGGACUCCUUCUACGAGAGCGUGCCGGCUGAGGAUUUGGAAUUACUCGUGGGACCAGUACUGGAGCGUAUGCGCUCCCAACCAGGAUCACCAUUGUCUGGUUCACCAUUAGUGUCUAGAGAAACAUCACCUCACAGAGUGAUGAAUACUUCUCGGCACAUAACGAGUAGUUUGGAAACCAGCCCGACCAGCAGUCGCACUGCAAGUCCGCUGCCGCAGGACACCGACGGCGAGGAAGAGGAAUUUAUAGAUACCGUCGAAUCAGCGCCGGAAAAGACGCAAAAGGAUGCAGUCAAGUCUACCAAUGCUCCUCAAAAGGUGCAGACCGCGGCAAAGAACGGAAUUGAUCACUCGAGUACGGAGAACGUCGUAAAAGAGAACACUGAAUUGACUAAUGGAUACAGCAACGCUAACGGUCACGUGGAAACGAUAACGGAGAGCCAUCGAGAAAGAGGUAGACAGAGAACGAAGAAGGAUGACAAUAAAGCCAAUGCGGAAUUCCUGAAUCAGAUCGCGACAACUAUGCAGCAUCUACAGAGAGAUCUGGAUCGCGUAACGGCCAGAGUACGAAGUUUGGAAGGGCAAGCCCUGCAAGCGUUGGCGCCACAGACGCAGCACCCCGCUAGACACUUGUAUGCGAGAUGGUGGCCGUUGCGGGAAUGCCCGCCGCGUUUGUUCGUCCUGCUAAUCCUAUGGCCAUUCGUCGCUCACUUGCUGAUCAACUUUAUGCAACGUUAUCGCCAGCGAAGACUGUGAUGUCACGGCUGUUACUCCUACGCAGCCGAGAACCUAUUUCCAGUGCUUGGGUUACUAAUGUUGAGUUGUGGUAAACAUACAGAGGUUUCGUUUUUAGUUUUAUAUCUCUCGUAGAAACGAAGCUGUCCUAAUGCAAUCUGCGAUUAGUAAACGUGAAUUGUGAUACAAAAAAUGGACUAGGUCAAUCUCUGUAUAUUUUUGCAUAUGCGGCCUGUUUCGGAAGUCGCGCACUUUCUCUCGUCUGCAGAUUCCCCGCUAAGUAACGGAUCGAUCGAUCGAUCCUCGGG